AUGAUGCGACUAGUAUUCCUUGUGACGUACUUGAUAACAGUGCAAGCAUUUCCACGUAUAGUUUUGGGUGGAGGUGGAUUGUCUAGUGGACUAGGAAGCUUGGGAGCAUUGGGAGGAGGAUUAGGUGGAGCAAUGGCUGGAGUUCCUGGGGGUGUAGCUGGCGGAUUGAGUGUUUUGAAUGGUAUGGGCGGUUUGGGAGGAUUGGGAGGAUUAGGGGGUCUGGGAGGAAUAGGUGGAAUGGGUGGAAUGGGAGGAAUGGGGGGAAUGGGUUUAACCCUGCCUUUAGGAGGUUUCAGUGGGCUACCUUUAGGUGGCCUGGCUUUGGGAUAA